AUCCAAGUGCUCGUGUCAGGGUUAUAAUUCAAGUUUAUUUUUUCGUUUCGUGGAGCGAAAACCCAAAGACAUCCGUUGUCCCACUAGAUUGGAUUUCGUUUCGUUCAGCGAGCGGAAUAAUUUCGUUUCCUUAAAUAAUCAUUGGUAAGACAAAUUAGAUGUAGUACAAGCUUUUCGAACAAUUGCUAGUUAAUUGUAUGACCUGGAGUUGUUAAUUGUCAUAUAAUCGAUUGAAUUACAUCUAAAUACAUGUAUACGCAUGUCCUCGGCGACCGACAUCAAUCAUACAUCGAAACCGCACUGAGAAAAUUCAAUAACUUGGCUAUGUUAGCUCUUGGCACCGUGAGCUGCCUCACAGCUGUGGGGGUUUCCCGAGUUCUUGUUUAUCGACAAUCGUCUUUUCUGCUGCCAGAAAGUAAAAGCGAUAAAAUAAUAGUCAGCCACAGCUGUGAGCUUCGAUAUAUAUAGCACCAGGGUUGGUUGAGUAUUUUCUUCUCGAGAGCAUUACUCGAGAGUCCACACUACUAAGGAAAAAAAAAAAUACACCUCUUCACCGCCCAACAAAAGAAGAGAAGUUGCACGUUGGUGAGUGAUGAGGUUUGCGAUGUUAAUAUAUUUCCACAAGAAUGCUAAAAUUAACGUGUCAAAAACAAGUUUAGAUGAUCCGAUAUGGCGAUCGAUCGAUAUUCAAGUAACCACGACUGGGAACACAACACAAUCGAUCCAUAUGUUAGACUCUUGCACUCGGUUUGCGCUGUUCAAAAUGUAAACCAACAAAAUAAACAUGGCUGAGAGCAAUAAGUACAUAGGUUGGCAAAGGCUACCGAAACAGCGCUCCCCUUUGAGAUGUCAUGGCGCGGUAUUGAAUAGCUUACAAUCGCAUUCAUAAUGCCGAUAAUAACCAGAACAAUCUGACUUCCUACGCUAGUGCAAUCAUUAGCUAGAAGGAGCGAUCAGCAAUCACUGUUUUGAGACAUAACAGAAGUGAGUGCACCCAGUUGGGCGGAGCGAUGCUCCGCAAAAACACCCACAUGGGCGGGUUUUCCCUGUCACCCGUGUCGUUUUCCAUGUUGGCAAUAGACAAUAAUAAAUGUAAGCCUAGUUAACAAGCCAAGUUCUGCCAAUCAUUUUCUCGCGUUUUCAAUACAAAGCUUGUUCCCUUUUUAAUUCGAUUGGUUCGACCAGCAAACGUUGUGUCACGAAGUGUCAAAAUUGACGGUAGCCCUUGUAGAAACUACAAGAUGAAACGAUUGAAGAUAUUGUUUUGUGCACACAGGAUCUGAACGGUGCUCAUCGACUGUUCCAUGUGUAUGUACAGAACAUCAAUACAAGCUGCCUAAGAAACUCAAUUGACACCGCUACAAUUCAGUAGCCAUUUUACUCACUCGGCCCAAGCUUGGGCCAAGAAACACGGCAGUAAACAUUUUUUCUUCUUGUUAAUUUAUUUACGUCUCGAUUGAUACGAUUUCAAUCUACCUGUCGACCGACUCAGUUACUUGAUGCUCCUCCGUCUUGACCACUGAUGGCAAAUUCUGCUGCUACAAAGAUUUCUUGUCCUCAGUUCGGAUGUACAUUUUCCCCUCAGUUGAUGAUUCCAGGUGCCCAUACUUCUUGUUGUGAAUCUGUGCGUUCUCCCUUGCACGACGGCCUAUCUUCGCACUCUUUGUGUCCUUGUCAGUUAGAUAGAGUCCUUCAACAUCGGGUUUCCACAAUGCCAGUAAACUUGCUUCCAAGACCGCCAUUUAACGAAGCUGGUUUCACAAUAGGGUCGACUGCAGACCUGUCUGCUUUCUAUUCGCCUCUGGCACGAGCGUGCGACAUCAAAGAAUGGAGAGACUCUUGGUAUCUAGCUCAAGCAACUGCUGCUCGACAUCCUUUAGACCUUCAAGGGUUUGAUCCUCAUUCUCACACAUCAUGUCCCGGACUCGGUGAAAGGUUUUCUCCGAUCGAUUUGGCCGCAGCGGGAGCGAGACGGAAGAACGCGACCAGGGAGACAACAAGCACACUCAAAGCUUGGCUUUAUGAACAUAGAAAAAACCCAUAUCCUACUAAAGGCGAAAAAAUAAUGCUAGCUAUUAUGACAAAGAUGACAUUAACGCAAGUUUCAACUUGGUUUGCGAACGCAAGACGAAGGCUUAAAAAGGAAAAUAAAAUGACUUGGUCACCGAGGAAUCGAUGUGGCGAGAAAAAGGAAGGUGGCGAGGACGAAGACACAGUAAGCGAAUCCGACGCUGAACACAGCGGCAGCGAAGAAGAGAAACUUUGCGAUGAGAAAGAAGAAAAUAUAACUAUCUUUAAAGAAACGCUCGACAAAGAUGAAAAGAAGGAAAACAUGCCGUCGAAUACGAUGGACAUUUCGGAACAGCCUAAAACAACCACGGAAAGUUCGCCAAACAGAACGGCAAAUCCUGUCGUUCAAUUUCAAGCGUUACGAGCUGUUCAGUGUGUUACUUCUGGUGACCCAGAAGAUUCUCCUGUAAAAAGCUUAAGGAAAUGGGUGGAUGGAUGCUUUCAUAACACGCCUGUUAGUCUUGUGAAUACGAGUCCUUCGACAUGUGAAACACCUCCAUCGACACCAACUCAGAACUUGUCCACCGAAGCGUCCGUCAUCAUUCAAGUACGAAAUUCGACGCCUUCUCAAACUGAAACAGAGAAAAAAGAAAUAGAAAGUGAGCCACCCCACAGAAGUCGCCCUUCCAAAGAGGAGCCGAUAACAUUGGAGAGGAAAGAGGAAACGGCGAGGGGUUUCAAUACCGUAAGCAAAAGCAUAACCGUAGAAACGUCGAAUUAUCGAGAAAUUGACGCCGCUUUAGCUUUGACGACUCUAUCAGCUCGAUAGGGGGAAAAAAAGCUGCUCUUCUGAAAGAAAAUUUAAAACAGCCGUGAAAUCAACGUGUGUAUAUAUAAACUGAGUGUACGAUGUUUUUCUAACUGAAUUCAAGUAACGAUUUCGCUUUAAAAAAAAAAAACAACUCUGUGUAAAACACAAAAGAUUUUGCCAUCUGGGUUCUGGUGUGGUUUGGUUUGCGUGUGUGUUUGUGUUUGUAAGUUUCGCGACUGGGUGGGUAUCAAAUACCAACCUUUUAAAGUUCUUGGGAUUUUCUAUGAUGUUUGGAGUCGACCAUAAGUUUCUGACAACAUUAGACUGCUAAAAGCACUCUCUAAUGUAAAAAGAGACUCGAACAUUGGAUUUGUUUUACAUAAGCUUAACACUAAGUGUUGAGAGGGCUACUUUGUGAGUUGCAAAUUUUUCUAAAGAAAAGAAAAAAAAAAACAACGGGUUGUAAAUUAGUUGUGUUCCAAAAAAAAUUCAUAAGAAGCUAAAUUCACAGUACCCGGCACACGAAAUGUAAUAUAGUUGAUUUAAAUUGAAAUUUCUGUAGAUAAAAAGAGAUUAUUUGUAGUUGAAAGGAGAAUUGUAAUUUUGGAAAUAAAACCCGCUUUGGUGAGCCUA